GAGACUUUAUAACAACACCACCUGAAACAAAACAGAACCUUAAUUCUUUUUCUUUGUACAUUUCGAUUUUGGAAGCAGCUCAAAAAUUGUAAGAAGAUGAUGAGAAAAGGGAAGUUUUCUUUAUGGAAGACGACGAAAGAAAGGACGAGAUUGAAAUUUUUGGGACUUGGAGGGGUAAAGUGGAAGAGAUUGAAUCUGAAGAUGUCGUUUUUGGAAACUUUGAGAUACAGAAUCAUGUCUGUCAUCGAAGCUAUGGUUUUGGUAUCUAAGCUUGCUUUCUUCUUCCUCUGUUGUGGUUGUAAAUUCUAACAAAAGUUAGUUUUUUUUUUUUUUGUCAACUCUCUGUUUUUUUUUUUUCUCUUGUAUUUCUAGUUACUAUGUAGAAUUUGAUUUUUCUUUUUUUAUUCUUUCAAUUCAAUAUGAAAUUCUUGUUCAUUUCUGCGUUUAUGGUUUUUUUUUUCCUCUGUUAGUGUAAAUAAUGACUCAUAACUGCAAAUUUUAUCAUCA